AUGGCCGGAGAAGGAGAAGUCAUCGCUUGCCACACCCUCGAAGUCUGGAACGAGAAGAUCAAAGCCGCCAACGAAUCCAAGAAACUGGUUGUGAUAGACUUCACUGCGACAUGGUGUCCACCUUGUCGUUUCAUCGCACCAGUCUUCGUAGAGAUGGCCAAGAACAACCUCGAUGUCGUCUUCUUCAAGAUCGAUGUCGACGAAUUGCAAUCCGUUGCUGAGGAAUUCAAAGUCGAAGCAAUGCCUACUUUUGUCUACAUGAAAGAAGGCAAAAUCGUCGACCGUGUUGUCGGUGGAAGGAAAGAUUUAAUCCAAGAGACAUUGAUGAAGCAUGUUGGUUCUGUCUCUUCUGCUUGA